AUGAGAGUCAUACUGCUUUGGAUGGAAAACCAAACAAUGGUCGUUCCCCUCAAGCAGCCGAUCGUGUUUGAACUGGAGGGCUUCGAUGUACCUCCAGGUUACGGUCCUCUCCUGUUCUUCCUGGUUCUUCUGACCUAUUUGGUGGUGCUGUUGGGGAACGGUGCGGUGGUGUGUGUCAUCUUCAUGAACAAAAACCUGCACAGACCCAUGUUUGUGAUGGUUUGUCACCUGAUGGUCUGUGAUCUGCUGGGGGCCACGACGGUGCUGCCUCGCCUCAUGAUGCACUUCUUGAUGGGACAGAAGAGGAUCGCCUAUGCCCCGGCCAUCGCCCAGGGCUUCUGUGUGCACACGUACGGCGCCGCUGUGCAGACGAUCCUGGGCAUGAUGGCAUAUGACAGGUACGUUGCAGUCUGUGAGCCUCUCAGGUACCACGCCAUCAUGACGUCGGCUCGGCUGCACAUCUGCUGCGCUCUGGCCUGGAUUGUCGCCCUGCUGCUCAUAGCCGUGCUCUUCAGCUUCCACAUGAAUGUACCGCUGUGUGGCCGAACCAUCAAACACGUCUACUGCAGCAACCGGGGCAUCUUAAACCUGGCCUGCAUUGCCACCCCAACAAGUAACAUCUACGGUCUGGUCAUGACCUGGACUUUGAGUACAGGGGUCUUCGUCAUCAUUGCUUUGUCCUACAUCAGAAUCCUGAGAGCUUCUUUUAAACAAGGCAGAACUGACAGGAGCACCAGCAACAAAGCUUUGCAGACAUGUGUACCUCACCUCGUUGUGUAUCUGCUCUAUGAAAUAGCUUCUAUGAUCAUAAUUGUGAGUCUACGGUUCCCCUCUGUCACUCAAAAUAUAAGGAAAUUCUUCAGCAUCAUGAUCAUCAUGAUUCCUCCUGCCAUCAACCCCAUCAUCUACGGACUGGUCAGUAAAGACCUACGUGCUAGAAUAAUAGGGCGUUUCUCUCUCAGAGUCGGUCAUAAAAGCUGA